UAAAUUGGGGCGGGGCGACGGAAUGAUCGAGAACUUUCACCGGUCGCAAGCAAGCAAGCAGUGCGACGACAAGAGAAGAAAAAAAGGUGAAACUUAACUCUACUAAACGGCUGAUUGGGAACUGCACAACUUGGUUUUGCCGCUCGUGUUUUUACUGAGUCCUAACUAGUGAUGGCGACCACAGUUAGAUUUGGAACUUCCUGCUCCCCUUGCAAAACCACUCCAGUCCAGAGUUCACAGUUGAAUGAAGACACGGACUUUAAAGAUGAAAAAGGAAACUGUGACCCGGAGAAACUUCUGCAGUGCCCGUUUGAUAAGAACCACCAAAUCCGAGCCUGCCGCUUUCCUUAUCAUCUCAUAAAGUGCAGGAAGAAUCAUCCAAAAUUGGCAAUGGAGCUAAAAACGUGCCCAUUUAAUGCACGCCACCUGGUCCCAAAACAUGAGCUGACCUACCACACGGAGUCCUGUGAAGACCGAAUAUCUGUGGACACUGACAAUGACGGAAACACAAAUGGACUCAGCAAAUGGCAGGUCCCAGUCAGCACUUGGGUAAACCAGAACAUGACUGAGGAUUGGGACAAAGAGGCUGAUGACGAUGCUGCGCCGUUUGUGUGGGGUGAGAACACAGUCCUGACUCAAAAGGAGGAAAUGAGGCCCACCAACAACCUGGGUCAAAGUAGAAUGCCUAAUACCCUUCCCUGGCCCCAGAUGUAAACCAUAUUAUGUGCUUAGCUUUUUUUAUAUCUAACUUCAAGUAGAAGCCGUGUCAUUUUAGUCAACCGAAGUGGAAGGUAUUGAGAGUCCAUUUGUUUUAAUUUUUCUGCAUUUCCAACUGUAUGCAGUUAUACUUGGCACUGAAAUAUUGUGCUUGUUAUACAAAGGUG